AUGGAAGAGAAAGGCCACCAUUGUAGCUGGAAGUUCAAAUGCACGACAACUGAUUCAGCUGCUCCAUCCUCAACACCUGCAAGUGGAUCUGCCUCUCUUGCAACUGGAUCUGCCCCUCCUGCAUCAAUUGAAGCUUCAACUGGCAAUUCUUAUUUAUUGAGGAAACGACCUAUGGUUGUGGGAGCAUCAGACUUGAGUAAGGAAUGA